UGGACGUUAGUUUGUUUCGCGGACCAAUGGUAAACGGCAAGCGCAGUCGCACGCGCCGCACACGGACCACCGCCGUCCACCGCACUUGUUUGUGCGCCGAACCCAACAGCUGUUUUGUCAACAACAACAAAGACUCGCGUGCGACUCGGCCGUGCGUAUUACACUUGUGUGCGCGUUUAUGUGUGUGUGCACGGCACUGUUCGCCGAUUGUUGGCUGAUGCGGUUGUUGUCUGGUCUCUUUUAACCCGUUCUUGUUGUUGCGGUCGUCGAUACACUGCGACUUCUCAAUAGCAAUUAACACCCGUUAGUUAUUCUCUCCGAAUCUCAUAUGCGACGAAUAAAGUGUUCGUUUCGUCGUGUUAGCCCUGCCGUAGCGUUUCAGUAGUAGUGUUCCAGCAGUAGAGCGCCUAUCCCUUGUGUUAACCCCCGGGAAUCGUCGCGGUCGGCACACAAUGAACCGCUGCGACAGUGGACGUCCAGUCGACGACGACGACGACGAUGACGGCGACGUCCAGCGGUCCCGCGAGUGCUGGUGGUCCAAGAGAAUGGUGCUGAUGCCCGAAAAACGCGAACAGCAAGACCCCAUGGAGCCGUAUACCUGUGAGCGAAUCGUCGUCAUGCUUAUCCAACUUAAGGAAUAUUUAGGCCCAUACUGGUUGACUCCUUGGUUUUUGGCCUAUAUCUAUCCCACCAUACUGGUGUACGAAUCUCAUGGUAUUUCUGGAGCUUUUGUGUAUUGUAAUAUUAUGCAAAUAAUAUUUUUUGUUGGCUUUGAGUUUUGGGAUGAAAGUUUUAAAUGGACACCUUUACAUUACACUAUAAGGUCAUAUAUUUUGCACGUUUUGGAUCUACAACAACUAACAAAGAAUAUUGAUGAAUUGAUAAUGUUCUGUUUUUGGGUUCUUUCUUGGGCUGCAGUCCCUAUUGUAUGUUUCCUAUGUGGACAUAUAGUUGAACUACCUUCAGGACGUCUUGAACGGAUGACUUCAUACACAACAAUGAUGACUGUUACAUUUGUAAUAGCUUACAUUGUUCUGAUGUUGUGGGUCGAAAAAAAUUUGAUGGAAAUUGAAACAGAUAUAAUUAUGCCGUCAUCAUUACAACGAGAUCAUAUUGAAGAUUCUAUGUUACCCGAUAUACCCGAUUUGGAAACGGUUUACGAAGAUAUUUCUAUACCUAAAGAAUUUAAAAUAGAUCACAUUUGGCAAGGGUUAUUGGAACAUGAAUGCAACAGAAGUGAUACUGUAAAAGAAGUAUCAUUAAACCAAAUUGAACAAGGAGAAGAGGCUAAAGAACUAGAAAUGGAUGUGAUAUCUUUAUCGUCCAGCACACUAAGUGAUUUUGACAUAAUAUCUGACGAGGAAAUUAAUCUUCUACAAUAAACAUUUUAUCAACAUAAAAAUACUGCUAGUUUUAAUGUGCAAAAAAAAAAUGAUUUGUAGUUUGUCAACUAUUUAAGAAACUUUCGUCUUUUUACACUUAUGUUUGUUUAAUGUAAAAUGUGAACUUUCAAUUAGCUGUAUCUUUAUGUAGAUUUAUUUGUCAGGAUUAGUUGUUUUUAUUAUAAAUUGUUAAAAUUGUUAAAUUAUAGGUACCCAAUACAAUUAAAUAUUUUAAAGUUUACAUUUAAAAAUGAGAUACGAUAAAAUGUUGUAUAAUAUUGUUUUGAAUAUUAUGUUAGGUUUUACUUUUCAGAAAAUUGUUUGCAACUAAUUAUGUUAGAAAUUACAGAACAUCGCCGUACAUUUUUAUUAUGAUCUCAUGUACACAAAUAAUAAUAGUGCCAUUUUUUAACAUUUUUUUUUUUUUUUGAUUGACCUAAUUGAUGACAGAACACAAGUCUAGAUUCGGUGUUGACAUUUUAAAGAUAUAAACAUUUCUCUGAUACAAAAUUUUAUAUUAUACUGUAGAAUAUAUAUUAUUGUCUUAAAUUAUCUUUACAUGGUUUAUAAACAAUCAUAACGCUAAAUUUACUUUUAUAACUCGCUAAAAUGUAUUGCACUUGUAUUUUUUUUUUAUAGUUUAAAAACUAUAACAUAAAAUCAUACUAUUUGUUCAUAAAUAAUAACUGUUAUUAGUAUUAUCAUCUAUAUUAAUGAUUAAAAGUAAUGUUUUAACUUAACAAGUAAUCUGGCAUUUUGAAAUUUGGCAUUUUUAUUAUUUUAUUU